AUGACGACCAAAAAUGGCAUCAAGUUCAAGGACUGUACGUCGGACACUUGUCCCAUCUCUGCCUCCGUCUACGGGUACAACCCCUCCAUAGCCGCGAACGGAAUCUUCUGCGCCCUCUUCGCCAUCUCCUUCUUCCUCCACAUUUUCCAAGGCGUCAAGUGGAAGUCGUGGUCGUUCUUGAUCUCAAUGGCGAUCGGCGUCUUUGGAGAAGCAGUUGGAUACGGGGGCAGGAUCAUGAUGCAUAACGAUGUCUUCAACGGGACGGCGUUCAAGAUCCAGAUUAUCUGCUUGACGGUGGCGCCGGCGUUCUUGUCGGCGGGGAUAUAUUUGACGCUUAAGCAUACGGUGAUCGUCUUCGGCGCCAGCUUCUCUCGCAUCCAGCCAAGGUGGUACACAUGGAUAUUCAUCGGCUGCGACAUCUUUUCCAUCUUGAUCCAAGCCCUGGGCGCUGGCAUCGCUGCCGCAGGCUCGCACCCCCAAACGGGCAACAGCAUCAUGAUCUUCGGAUUGUCGCUUCAAGUCUUCACCCUCUCCCUCUUCGGGCUUCUGGCAUCCGAAUACGCCUUCCGGGUCUACAAAUUCCGCCACCAAUUAAACAGCGCAAGUGCGCAGCUGCGACGUUCAAAGUACUUCAAAGGGUUGAUCAUUGCCAUCGCCGUGAGCUACACGACCAUCUUGAUUCGGUGCAUCUACAGGGUUGCUGAAAUGGCUGGCGGAUGGCGCAACUCGUUGAUGCAGGAUCAGGCGCUAUUCAUCGUCUUGGAUGCCGUCAUGUGUGUCAUCGCUGUACUGGUACUGAAUAUUUUCCAUCCUGGCUUCCUGUUCCAAGAGGCUAGUGCUGUAUCGAAGGGGGAGUCGACCACUGCUGGCUCCAUGGAAUUAACUUCACAAGGCUGAAGGUGUACAAUCAUGCAAUACAGUGGGGUUCAUAUUGCUGCAAUAGCGCAGCCAUCCUGCCGGGCUCGCCCUAGUAGACGAUGUGGUAUGAGGGCGAAUGGUGGGCGGCUGCGUCGAGCAGAGAAGAAAAUAUCCCUGGAUGUCCAACUAAGAUUGAGAAGCCCUGGCAAUUUCAAAUAGCGUUUCUUCCAAGUGGCUAGAAGGUGUCGGACAGAUUCCUUUCUCUCGACCUAACUCCAACAUA